AUGUUAAGACCUACGCGUUCAUUAUUUCAAAGAACAAUGAUGUUCGUUCGUCAAAUAACCCUUGUAACUAGUAAUAAUAAUAAUACUCUUCUCUUUAAUGGGACGAAUGGAAUGAGAAUUUUACCAACAUUUAUUAUGGAACAUGUUAGAAGAAGAAACAUACACCAUGGACAACCAUUUAGAGAAUAUCCCGGUGAAUGGAUUUGUGGCGAAUGUGGUUUUAAAAAUUUUUCUUAUAGAACUAAAUGUUUUAAAUGUGAUAGUAAACCUAAAUAUCGUAAAGUAGCUGCAGGAGACUGGAUAUGCUCCAAAUGUGAAUUUUAUAAUUUUAAAUCUAGAAAGUUAUGUUUUAAAUGUAAUACACCUUCUCCUGAUACGGAUAAAAACGAAGAAAUUCUCGAAGGGAAUUUUAAUUAG